UGCAAACUAUCAAGUUCGUGGAAUGCUCGAAAGGAGCUUUUGAGGGUUCUAAUUAGUUCAUCGCAUGACGUUUUUUAUUUGCAUACCAGGUAUUGGACCGAAUACCAAGGUUCAACUGACCAACAACGAAAUCGUCGUUUUGUCUGAGGAGAGCUUCCGCCCGAUGUUGGACAUCCUCUCUACAGGAGAUGGAGUCCUCUAUCUAGACGUAUGCGGGAAGAAGGAAAGUCAAAUUCAACUAUCAGCAGGAGGAAACCCAUCUAAAAUCGGAGAAUGGCCAUGGCAAGCGGCCAUUUAUGACCUCACGAAGAAAGAUGUCAUUUGUGGAGGGGCUCUUAUUAGGGAAGAAUGGGUGCUAACAGCGGCCCAUUGUGUCCUUGUAUCAAGUUCCAUCCGAACUCGAAAUGUUACUGAAAUUUCGGUCCACCUAGGGAAACACAAUCGACACGAUCUCAGUGACGAGUACAUGCAGAUCCAACAGGUGUCCCAUAUAAUCUUGCACAAGGACUUCAACCUAUAUAAUAACUAUGACUCGGAUAUUGCUUUAUUGAAAUUAGCAAGACCUGCCGUGCUGACUGCACGAGUUCAGUUGGUAUGUCUCCCUAUCCGAUUUGAUUUAUCUGAGGUCAACCUCGACAGCGGAGGGAAUGGAUGGGUGGCCGGUUGGGGUUAUGACAGUUUGGAUAACCUCACAGCUGUCCUGACGGAGAUUCAACUCCCGGUGAUAUCCAAUCGCAAAUGUGCUCUGGAAACCCGUAAUUUCACGAGAGACCAGGGCGUAACUCGUUCCCUCACCUCAAAUAUGUUCUGCGCUGGUUUUUCUGUGAAUACUACUCUCGAAGGUUUUGGAACAGUGUGUCCUGGGGACUCUGGGAGUCCCAUGGUCUUCCUCUCCAAUACAUCACUAGACAGCCACUGGACAAUGGAAGGGAUCGUGAGCCACUUCUUACAGAAAGGUUCUUGUUCGAUGAGGAGCCCUGGCCAGUAUAGCAUUUUCACCAGAGUUAAUAGGUUCAUGCAGUGGAUCAACCAGGCUGCAUCUGUCAAGGUAAGAGCUCUGGCCGGCCGUCAACAAGUGAGCAACAAGUGGAUCGAAUCAGAGAAGCGUUCGUUCGAAGUCCACGCAAGUCAACGCGAAGAACCAGCACUGAAGUCGGAACUUUGGAACACGAAGUCGGCAUACCAACGUCAGAUUGACUUCUUGUCAUGUGGAUCAACACCAAAUGUUGUUCGGACGUGA